UACAAUCAAUUUAAAAAAAAUCUUGGAUUUUAAUUAUAAAUUAAAUAAAAAUAUGGCCGAAAUUGGCAGCCGAGAAGAAGAUGAACACGGAAGGCCUUCAAAUACGAUUUUCACCCAGAUUCUUCACAAUGAAGAAAAAGAGUUUUUUGAUAUCGUCAACUGCGGAAAUGUGGCGGAAGCCCAAAAAUUCUUACAAAAUCACAAAGAUUUCAACAUUAAUGCUAUUAACUUUCAAGGGUUAACAGCACUACAUAUUGCGGUACAAGAUAGAAACAUAGCCAUGGUAGAAUUUUUAUUGUCUCAAGAGUAUAUAGAUAUCGGAGAUGCUGCUCUACAUGCAAUUAGAAGAAACGAACAAAAAAUUGCUGUAUUGAUAUUAGAUAAACUGGACCAAAUCACUCCGGGUUUGGAAAAGGCUGGAAUCACUGAAAGUUCAGAUUUUCCGGACGAAACUACUCCUCUUUGUGUUGCAGCUCAAUGCGGUCAUUUUGAAAUGAUAUCCAUUUUAUUGGAACGUUGUCAUACUCUCAAUAAGCCACAUCCAUCUACUUGUAAUUGUGGAGAAUGCCAGAAUCAGAGAGCCAAUGAGGAUCCAUUGACUUUACAAAAAAUGCGCUUUUCCAUAUAUAAAGCUGUAUCAAAUCCUGCAUUCAUUUGCCAGACAGCUGACGAUCCAAUUCUUGAAGCCUUUCAAUUAUCAAGAGAAUUGAUUACUUCUGCAAAUUUUGAAAAAGAGUUCUUUCAUACCUACAAAGAUCUUGCGCGGAACGUUUCAGAAUUUGCGACAGAAUUAAUCGGAUGUACUCGCACAGCUGAAGAGGUAGAAUUGAUUUUGAAGCAAAGAGCCGGAAUUAAUUUUUCAACCAGUAGCCCAUACCCACGUUUAGUACUUGCAAUGGAUUGCAAACAAAAAACAUUCGUCGCACAUCCAAAUGUACAGCAGGUGAUUGAGACCAAAUGGAUUGGCGAUUGGUACGAAUGGAAAAAUAAAUCAUCCAUUGCAAAAACUUUCUUGAUUAUUCCUCGAAUUUUCAUGCUGCCAAUUAUUGCAGUGAUAGUUUGCAUUGCUCCAAAAUCGAAUAAAGCAAAACACUGGAAAAUGCCAGUUAAUAAAUUCCUUUCAAAUUUUGCAAGUUAUGCAGUAUUUCUUCUUUUUGUUUUCCUACAAUCUAAUCGUGACAAAAAAGAACAAUUACGAGGUCCACCAAACACUGGAUACGAAAUAGUGUUGAUAAUAUUCGUGAUAUCGCACGUGUGGUCGGCAUUUAGAUUGUGUGUGAUUCAAGGCAAGCGGCGGUUUUUCCGAACACUCCGGAACUGGUAUGAAGCUGCAAUGCUCAGUUUAUUUAUCACAGUAUUUUUGCUGUGGAUCGCUUCUGCAAUAGACAUAGAAGUAAAUGGUCAGCGUGACCUUGAGAGGAAAUAUUGGCACAAAUUCGACCCAACUCUAGUAUCAGAAGGAAUUUUUUGUAUCGCUACUAUAAUGGCAUUUUUCAAAUUACUCUUCAUUUGUCAACUCGACUAUCGUUUGGGUCAUCUUCAAAUUUCUUUGGGAAGGAUGGUCUCAGAUGUUACCAAAUUCAUUGUCAUUUUUUUCAUUAUCAUAAUGGCUUUCUCGAUAGGACUUGCUAAGUUUUACCAAUACUAUCAAGGAAUGGUGUUUAUCGAUGAUGACUCAAAAAUCAAAGUGCAACAAGUCGAUUCUUUUGUCAGUUUUAUGUCCACCCUGAAGACCUUAUUCUGGGCUAUUUUUUGCUUGAGCGCUAUCGAGAGUGCUGAUGUGAUUAUCGAAAACCAACCAGGAACAUCGGAAACAGAAACGAUUGUCAAUAAGCAUAAUUUUACCGAGUUUAUUGGAUAUACUGCUUUUGCGACUUUUGAAUUUAUUUCCGUCAUUGUCGUACUAAAUAUGCUGAUUGCUUGCAUGGCAAAUACAUUCACUAGAGUGACGGAAAAUAUUAGCGUGGAAUGGACCUUCGGUAGAACGGAGGUUUAUAUUGACUUUAUGGAACAAACAACGUUGCCUCCGCCUUUGAAUCUGAUUCCCACACCAGGAGGGAUUCACUCAGUUGUCGAAUACAUCAAGGUACUUUUUAGAAGAACGCCCAACAAACGAGCCCGAUGGAACUUAAAGCAUUGUUGCUACAUAGAGGAAAUAUAUGAAGAAACAAAUCAAAAGGAUUUUCAGGUAGUAAUGUCACAACUAGUUUUGCGAUAUUUCAGGAAAAAAGAUACAGAAGCAGAUGAAUCGCAAGUCAACGGACUUCGAAAAGAGCUAGCAGAAUUGCGAAGUCUCCUAAGGGAAGCAUUAGCUCCUGCAUGAAAUGGGAUAACGAAAACCUUUUCUAAAACCCAUUUAGUUUUUGCUUAACUGUCACCGUGAAAGUUUGUCCCUCGUGAAUAAACUGCAAGCUGAUAUACUCAGGACUGCCACAGACUAAUGUGCUUGUAAGAGGUGAAAAGUGGCUAAUUUAAGAUACGGUGACCAAAAGUGAUCGCACAAAAGGAGGCCUGCAAUGAAUGUAGAAACACUUAUCUGCUAAAAAAUCGAUUCCAUAACACAUUUAAUUUAUCGGCUUGAAUAUACAAAAUUAGGCGAAACUUUAUUCUUGAAUUCGAAGGUGAAAAACAAGUAUCUCAUUUUGCGCAGUUGUGUCAGCUGAAAUUGUCACAAUGGAAAAUUGGAACACACCCACGAGAAUUGAGCUGUGAACAACAUCCUUCUCUAAAAUGUUUUAUUCGAAAACAAAUUGCGCGAAAAUAAAAUGAACCGAUUGCGAGGAACCGCUUUUCAAA